AUGCCCGACCUUCUCCGCAGCAUCAUCGGCAGAUUUACCCGAUUCCAAACUGGAACCAUCACAGCCGAGGAAUUGCAUGAUGAAUUCUUUCUUCACUGCUCUCCGCAUCGCCCUGGAUUGACGUCCCACCACCGAGUUGUUCCUAACUAUCCCUAUGAUUGGUGGAAGGAUCACUUUGACCACUUGAGUUUUGAGCUGCUGGUCUUGAACCUGCAAGAGGUCAUGGAGAUGACCCAUGACCACUUUGAACAACUGCCGCUGGGAGCUAUCCUUGAACCGGGUCCUGCGGUAACCGGUCAAGUGGACGGUGAAGCCCUCUUCAAUCAAAUUGUGGCCGCAAGAGCCCACCUCCAACAUCUCGGCGAAUCAAUGGCUUCCUUGCUGGAGCAGAAGGCCGGAUUGCCGCUGCAGCCGCAGUCCACCAUGUCUCAACUUGAGGGACCGAUUGCCGAGCUGGAGGAAGAGCUCUUAAAUUCUGGUAGGCAAUUGUCUGGCAAGGAUUGA